CAUCAUAAUUCUUCGUUUAUUUUCGAGAAGUGCAUUUGGAUUUAAUCAUAACUAUAUAUUAGCGUAUAAUUAGUAAAUUAUUAGACUAAAGUAAACCAAACUCUUUGUGUACAUUUUUAAGUGAACGCGGUUCACAUUUAGUUGAACACAUAUAACGAGUGCGCGCAGAAAUAUUUACAAUAUAAAUUAAGCUUAGAAACGUUUGUAUAUAUGUAAAUAUAUACAUAUGUGAAUGCAUGAGCGUUCCCGUAUUUUAGCCUUUUGGAUAUGCCGAGGGUAAUAAAUGGAACGAAAUUGCAGUCAAACUAGAGCACGUUGCUUCUUUAGGGUACUGCCUUGCAAAUAAUCUAACGCUACCUGUAUGUGUGUAUGUGUUUAUGUGUUUGAAGAUAUACAUAUAUAUACAAGUGAUUGUAAGAGAACCACAACAGCGAACGUUAUUAAACUACAACAGUGGUAGUAGCAACAAGAACAACAAAAAGUAGCAUCACAGGCAGAGUCAGAUAGACAGUGAAUAGUAAGGGAAACCUAACGGAAUAAUGCAGCAUUAAACAAAAUGUUUCUGGCCCAAUCACCUACACACAAAGGCAAACAAAUACCAACUCAAAUACCACAAGUUGCCGCUGUCGCGAUUGCCACCUUCACAGGAACGAACACACUUACUAGACCGUCAGCAAUAAACACCCUCUGCGUCCCGUCUAAAGCCGUUGCUAAAGUCAAAAUUGACGCUUGCGCUUCCAGCAACACGGCCAACAACGUCCGCGCCAGCACCAGCACCGCCACCGCCACCGUCGCCGUCAUCAACAACACAAACACUGCUAGUGCCGUCCCUUCAAAAGCGUUCAAGACGUAGUAGUAAAAUGGAACCCUCAUAUGAUCACGAACAACCACAUCAUCUGCUAACAAAUUACAACCAUAAAAAGUAUCAGCCAUUCAUGUCACGUUUACCCGAAUACAGUCUAGCACACGAUCUGCAGGAACAAAGCAUGGUAAUUGCUAGUAGUGAUUCGUACAGUGUCCGGCAUGAUAGCGAACAUUCUUCACCAAGUCUUCAUUCACCGGCCAUACAUCAGUCCACAUAUGAAACAGAAAUAAUUGAUCGAAAUUUACCACAAAGUGAAGCGAGUACGGUGUAUCCUUCGCCCUUUCUUGCCAACACAUCGCCUCUGUUGAAUUCGAAUUUACCGCUACUCACAAAUAAUCAAGUCAUGUUAAACAAAUUUCUUAGUCAUCCCAAUAUGGUAACCGUAAACGCACCAGUGCACGAAACCGAAGACUGUACAACGGGAGCGGAAACCCCAGUAUGGAACUAUGCCGAUUACAAGGACGAUAUUUGCAGUUUAAAUUGCUCGUACUUGGAAAGACAACAGAAAGUGAACGAUGCGAAAUUUCGCCCUGGCAUCAAUGCCGCAAAAUGUGCCAAAGAGACCCGAAUACGUCGACCAAUGAACGCCUUUAUGGUGUGGGCGAAAAUCGAGCGAAAAAAAUUAGCCGAUGAAAAUCCGGACCUUCACAAUGCAGACCUUAGUAAAAUGCUGGGUAAAAAAUGGCGUUCCCUCACUCCUCAGGACCGUCGGCCUUACGUAGAAGAAGCAGAACGUCUGCGAGUGAUACACAUGACCGAAUAUCCCAACUACAAAUAUCGACCACGGCGGAAGAAGCAAUCGAAAGUACGUGCUAUACAACCAUCCGCAAAAGAACAGAAUAGUUCGUCCAACCAAGUCGCCACUACCAAUAAGCUCAACGCUGGCGCUCGGAAAAUAACCAACUCACCAGCAAUGAGUCAGCCUUAUAAUCAACUUUCUGAAGAGAAUUCCACCACGCGUUUCCAGGCACUUCCGACAAAUUGCUCGAAUCAAACUAUUUACGAGCAAAAAUUGCGGUCCAACUACUCCCCAUCUACUACAGCGGAUUGCUGCAGCAACUCCGACACAAUUGAGCAUAUGGACACAUUUAAUUGUCAAUCGCCCUUAUGUAAUAACGAAUCCAUAGCAACAAAUCAGCAAAAAUCAAACACCAAGAGUGGCAAUCACUUGGCCGGCAACAAAUCAACCAAACCAAAUCGAAAUCAAUCGACAAUUGCGCAAAACUCCGAAAAAGAUGUAGUGAAAGUGCCCAGGUAUGGCAAAAUGGAGUCUAAGCCGCAACAGAGUUCUUUCGUUUCAUACCCUCUGACUUCCACACCUAAGGCCGUCAUUACUAGCCGUGGCAUGUACGUAACGUGCAACAGUCGAGGAUUACUCGAUCAUGGUUACUCAGUAAAGGGUACCUUUUAUCCACCAGUUUCCGGAUCCGACAACCCUUCGAUUCGCAAUACCAACUCGGGUCAAUCAUUAUCCAAUUGUGAUGUUGCCACUGCAUUUACUACUUCCACAGAAAGUACACUUAGCACCAAUUGUGGUCCGAGCUAUCAGUCCAUUUAUUCACAUGAUACAAGCUCCACAGCUGGUACGCUUCAUCAAACGAUUGCCAACACAGCGGACAGCUUUGCAACGCUGUCGAGUACCUAUGCGCCCAGUAUGCACCUCGAUGAAUUCGCUAGGUACUCCGGCGGUGUCGAAAAUGAUUUUACUCAUGUAAUCUGUGACAAUGGAAUGGAUCACGGCAAAACUGAUGGCGAAAUGAAAUUCACUAAAUAUCCAGAUACGAAUCACAAUUAUGACGAUUUCGAAGCUUACAAUAAUUCAUUGGUUAUCCCUGCUGCCGCCUCCAAUUACUAUACUCAGCUGCCUUACACGCUGGCCGCAUCAAGUGCAUGCACCCCUCCGACAUCAUUACCAUUCCCCCUCCAAUUGACAUUACCCCUACAGCAGCCAACCACUUCUGUUUAUUCUCCACAACACCACCAUCACCACUCUCAUUAUCCGCACCACCCACAGCAAGUGCACAGUCAACAACUACAAAAUGGCUACCCUUCUUAUAGCCACUUUAUUUCCACCACAAACAGUACAGGAACCGUUCUACCAACGAGCACACCAUUGAUGUCCAUCAGUGCACAGAAUAGUGUAAUUGGCGCAAUGGUUACACCUAUGACACAGUCGCCCAUUUCACCAUAUACUCGAAAUUCCGGUGGAAGCGCUGCGACCAUUGUAAAUGCCGACAGGAUAUUCGACGCACGCAAAGACGACGAGAUUAGUAACAUACUGGCUGGAGUGAGGAAAACUUGCUACAGUAAUUGACAGCAUCCAAAACACCUGACGAAGCAUUUUUAAUAUUUUUUAUGUGGGAGAACUUUGUUGAAACUAUGCAUAUUUUGAAUAAAUAUUGUUGAGACACCUACCUUGCGGUUAUGCCAUAUCCACAAGUUUUAACAUUUUCCUUUGAAAUAUUGUAUUAUAUGAUAUAUUAGCCGUAUUUCAUAACGAUGGUACUUCAUUAUUAAGAUAUCUCCCGACACCUGAAUUUGUCAUUAACCCAACAUAAAAAAGACAAAGUAAGAGCGGAAUAUUAACUUUAUAUCUUCCAUAAUUGCAUGAUUUUUUUGUCCAAAUACUCCAAAAUAUGAGUUAAUAUGGGUUAAAUGGCGGAUAAUGGUCAAAAGGCGUAUAUUCUAAUUUGUUUGUGUGUCUUUCUAUGUUAUAUAUUUGUCCCUCAUUUCAGUACGCACCUCUUAUCUCUUAGUGCAGUGCAGAAAUAUCAUAAUGUAAAUACUCGUAAAUAAAUUUCUUGCUAAUAGAGGACAGGAAGUCAAUGUAACCCAUUUUGUAAGGAGAGUUCCGCUUUUAAUUUUGGUUUUAUUUGCAAAUUAUACCGGUUUGACAUUGAGAAGUAUGUAGAAACCAUAUUCUUGAACUAACUGUAUUAUUUAAAAGUAGAAAAAGUUAUUAAAACUAAUCUUAUAAGUAGAAAAAAUGUGAAAACAAACAUUCGAACGAAAUUUUGACCAGAGGUUUUGUGGUCACAAUAUUAGAAAUUUCCGUCGAUGGUCUCCUACAUAAUAAGAUAUCGAAAUACAUCUUAUUACAAAUUUAUACCUUUAUAAUAUGUAACAAACUUAAAAAUAUGAGAUCAAUAAUCAAUUCUAAGUGAAGAACUUUCGUACAAUAUUUAUUAGCUUAAUAAUUCAUAAAUGGUUAUAAAAGCUUUAGAAUAAAUUUUACACAUUUACUUUAUUAUUCCAUAACACGUAGCACUCUUGUACAACUUGUAUUCAAAUUUCUUAGGAAGUAAUAAAUCAGUCUAAAAAUGUUAACUUUGUAAGAAGAUAAUAAAUAUUUGUACAUAUGGCUUAUGUAUAUACAUAUGUUAUCUCUUAAAAUUCGCGGUUUUAUUGAAGAAAUAAGUAUAUAUAAUAUAUAGUUAUCAUAACAGUAAUACAAACUAAAUUGAUGGGAAACCUAACGAGAUAAUAACUUAUUUCAGAAGACUGCUUUGUCAUGUGCUUUUGUUGAUCUUGCUCAGGCUGCAAUUAUAGAAAUUUGAAAUCUCGCAUUGUGAUAUGGGACAGGUCAAAAAAAAAGGUAGCCAUUUCCAACCUUGGAUUCUGGUGUGAACCAGUGGAUCCAUGUUUCGGCAAGGCAGAAACUCUUUCGGAUUGCGCUUCAACAGCGUUACAUAUUGUUGUGCAGUGGUUGCGAUUGUUGUCCAGAGUGAGCACAGGUGGCACCCACCACGCCGACCAUUUCCUCAUGCCCAAUAUUUCCUGCAAAAUAUGACCCACAUGAUCUUUUGCGAUGCAUACCUUCUCAUCCUCCUCGCGCACCUUCAAUCAGCGGUCUGCCAAUACAAGACGAUGGACUUUUGUAUCCUCCGUGGUAAAAGCUACGUCAGCCAGAUGCCAAAGUGCACCGGAAUCAUCCUUCUUCUAUAACGAUGUUGAAAGAAAAUGUGGAAAUUUUUUAUAAUCUCUAAUAUUGCUUUUCAAUAAAAUGUAGCAGUUUGAUGUUAUUACAUCCAUAACAUUAGAUACACGUAACUGUUAAUAAUUAUCUUAAGUGAAAACUAUAUUAGAACAUUUUUAACAUUAUUUUAUUCGUUUUAAGAGAUGUUUAAAAUUUUUUAAAAGUAACUUUGUUUUUUGUGUGGUAUUAACUCUCAACAGAAA